GAAAAUUUAACAAAAAUUCAGUUGAGAAAAAAUAAUUUUCAUACAUUUGCAGCUGUCGUGUUUGUGUUAAAUAAAUCGUUAAUAUAUUCUGUUUGCGUUUAAAUAUUCAUAACUGAAAUUAUCAAUACCAAAUAUGUUGGUUUAUUAACAAAUAAAAUACCAAAUCCAUUCGUUAAUGAAAAUAAAAGUGCAGUGCAAAAAACUAAUUGAUUAAAACAAAAUAAGAAAAAAUCAAGCGCAGUUAGUCUGCCAAAAAUAAACGAGUUUUUCGUAUUUUGUUGUUGUUUUCUUAUUAUUUAUGUGUGAUUUUCUUUUCCUCUUCAGUUUUCUUAUUUGCGGAAUCGGUAUUAAUUCAGUCGCCGCCGACUUCUGAAGUUUGUGCGUUUGUGUUAUUGGAAUAGUUUUGUUAUUAAAAAUAAAAGUAUUUAAUACUCUCGUUUUUAUCAACACGCUCAUAUGUAAAAUAUAUCAAAUUAAUUAAAUAUUCAUGGGAGUUGUGUGUUUCGCGACUUUUAUAUGUAACAAACUUGUGAUAUCCAUAUAAAAUUAUGUAAAUUUUAUUUUAUUUUAAAAACAAUUCACUUGAUAUCGCAAUUGCUGUUUUUUAUUUCAUGUAAAGUUUGUGUAUGACAAAAGCAAAAAAAUAAAUAUAUAAACAAAAAAAUAAAAAAACCUAAAAAGAAUGGAAAAAAUUCAAGUGAACUAAAAAGUUUAUUGCUGAUUCGUUGUUGCAUUGCAGUUGCUGGAUUGUAUGUUGCUCACUCCAAAUAUCCACAACUUUAUAUUCAGACAAUUGCCACCCUAAAGAGUUGUUUUUCUGUUUGGUUUCAUUCUUCUAUUUAAUAUCCUUUUCGUGAUUGUUUUUUUGCUGCUGCUCGUGUUGUUUGUAGGGCAAUGAAUUUAAAGGCUCUCCAUAAUCAUUCUAACACUCCAAGCAGUUUUGAUGAUUGGAUUUCUGUGCGGUUAAAUCGACUUUUAACGACAGUUACUGAUAAGCCACCUCUUGCGCCCAUCAUGAACACUUUUCUGAUUAACAACAGUUUACAACAAAAUGCAGUAAAAUAUAAUAUGCAAUUUCAACAUUGAACGUAAAUACGCUAAAAACAAUAAUUACAACAACAACAACAAUUAUAACAAACUUGAACUAGUGAACGUACGACACAAACAAAAAUAUAUUAAGCAAUAAAAAUAAAUAAACUGAAUUCAACACAAAAAUCCACUCUACUUAGGAAAUAAUGCCAAGUGUAAAUGUAAACAAACUACAACAAAUAAAACAAAAAUUGACAACAACAGAGAGAAAUAAAAAAAAUAUAAACAAAAACAAAAAGAACAGACACAUUGUGCUGAUAUGUCAAUGACUAGAUAAAUGAAUGAAUGCAAAAACAUCAACAAAACACAUUAACAACAAUUGUUUACACCUAGAAACAAAAACAAAAUAAAAAACAACAACACAAUAAAAUACAGAUUUUAAAUAUUUAUUUUAAUAUAGUACAUCAUACUUACUCUACACAUACCAAAAACUAGUAGACAAAAAAAGUAUUUAUUCAUACAAAACGAAUAACGAACGAACAAUACGAAUAGAAUUUCAAAUCACAAUUUGUUCUAAAAGAAAUCAAUUCAUUGUGGAGGGUUUAAAGGAAUAUACUAAACAAAAACCACAACAGCAACAACAACAUCAUCUUCAUAAUCAGCAACACCAUCAUAGUUUUCAUCCUAAGCAGCAACAGCAGCGUUGGUCUAUAACAUCCACACCAACAACUGCAAGAUCAUCGUCGUCAUCAUCAUCAUCGGGGACGGCGUCAACAACAACAUCAGCCAUUACAACGGGAGCAAUAACAACGUCAACUUAUUCACGUCGAAUACGCAAAUAUUACAAAAGCAUUAUAGCAAUGCGAACAAAACAUUUCAUUGUAAUACUGUGUUGUGUGGUCGCCACCACUCUGCUCUUUAUAGUACUGGGCACAGCGGGUGAACCCAAUGAUUCGCUAAAAAAUAUUGUCUCACAAACACAUCAACAAUUAAAUAAGUUACAGGAAAACUUACGUGUUUCAGAACAAAAGAAACUAGAAAUUGAUCCAAAAUAUUUAACAAUUUUGGGCUUUACCUCACCGUUAUCAUCCUCCUCAUCGCAGUCUUCGUCAUCGUCGUUAUCACAUCCAACAAAGCAAUUAGAAUCUCAGUACUAUAAAUAUGAAACGAAACCGAAUGCGCAACAAAAGACUCAAGAAACCCGAGACGGACAGGGCUAUGUAGUAGAAAUUCAACAUUUACCUCUUGAACACGAAUCAGAUAAGAUCAACAACAAUGAUGGCGUUGAGAGACUCCAUUCGAAAACGGCACAUGUACAUACAACACCAUUCUUUAAUGGCACAAAAGCAAACUUCACCAUUGUCACCUAUGUCCAGGAGGGUCAAGCCCCCUCAGCCAUAUUGCUAUCGCAAAAUAUCGCUUCUAAAUUUCCAAACGAAUACUUACUCAUCUAUGAUCUUGGCCUAUCGGAGGAAGACUUAAGAGCACUUAGUGCUUACUGCAACAGCUCCAGAUGUACAGUUAUAUCUUAUGAUCUAUCAGUGUUUCCCUCAUACGUUGCCGAUCAGCGUAUGCAUGCAUAUCGUCCAAUUGUGAUAAAAGAUGCAUUAAUGCGUUCAAAAUCUAUACUUUUUGCUGAAAACUAUAUGCGUAUACGUGGUUCUAGUCGUGAUCUCAAUGAUCUACAAACAAAGGUGGCCGAAACGGGUGUCCUCGGUUGGAAUACACCGACUGCGGUGUCGACGCGUACACAUCCGAAAAUGUUUGAUUACUUUCAAACGGAUGCCGAUGAUUUUUUCUUUUUAAGAAUGGUCGACCUAGAUACAGUUCUAUUUGUUGAUACUGUAUUCGUAACGGAGAAAAUCUUAUUGCCAUGGAUAAAAUGUGCCCUAACAUUGGAAUGUAUAGAUCCUAUAGGUGCGCAAUCAAACGGUUGCAAAUAUAAUAAAAAGCCCCAAUAUCGUUAUUCUGGUUGCCAUAGUUAUGAUACCUCAGCUUUUAAUAUUGUACUGGGACUAACAUGGCAUCUUGAUGAUACAAAAUAUUCACUGCCAAGUGAAAAUUAUAAAAUUUUUUAUAAGGAAACAUUAGAACAAGCAACAAAAAUUCUCGAAAAUCGUAGACGUAAUAGCAGUGAAACAUCCGAACAUCCUUUUACAGAUGAAUAAAUAAUAAAACAACACAUCAUUAUCAUUUAACCUAAAAAGUUAAGAAUGCUCUAAGUUACAAUAAUAAUAACUACCAAUUAGUUUCUUUUAUACGAAAAAAAAUAAAUUGUUAAAUUAACAAAUAUUUGCCUAAAACAAAAAAAAUAUAUAUAUAUAUAAUAUGUGGAUGGGUUUUGAGAACCAGCUUAAACUUAAAUAUUAAGUUUAAACUGUAGUUUAUAAAACUUAAAUUACACAUUAUAUCUAAUCUACAUUAAUUUAUCACAAUAAUACUUAAAAACUCAUGAUUUUGAACUUAUUAUUUUAUAAACAAAAAAUAAUUUUCUUAGAGAAAAUUAAAAAUUAAUUUAACAUGAAUUAAACUAAAAGGUAAAAUAAUAAAAACAUAAAACCUUAAAGCUUGAGUUUAACAAUGCAUAAAAUUAAACAAGUUAGAAGUCUAAAUAGGGCAUAAGAAAUAAGGAAUGAAUAAUUCAAAAAUUUUAUAAACUAAGUAUAAUUAUAAGUGUAUUGGUAAUAUUUAUUAUUAUUAUUAUUUUUGUAAUACUUUAUUUGUUUAAUUUCUUUCGUAUAUUAAAAAAGUAAGAAAGAAUUCAGGCUUAGCUUUGCUUGAAUAAUUGUUAAUACAUUAUUUGUUGGAUUUUUUUUUUUAAUAUCUUUAUUUGUAUAAUUAUAGAAAAUGAAGAUGAUUAAUAAUGAAAGUGAUUUAGAAAAUUAAGCAUAAAAUGUGAUUUUUAUUUAAUUAGUUUUUCUUAAUUACAUUAUUUUUAAUAUUCAAAGGUUUUUGCAAAAUUUGUAGUGAUUAAAAGAAAAUAAAAAUAAUUAUAACAAAAGUAUUAUUCUAUUUCAGCUUAAUUUUGAAUGACAGCUGUAGAUUUUUUUCUUCUUCUUAAGAAUAAAACUGAAAUGAGAAGUCAACAUUUAUAGCUUAAACAAAAAAAUAAAUGAAAAAUUAUUGCAAUAUACAAAUAUGAUAAA